CUAUAAAAUUAAAGCUCGGCCAACGUAAUCCUCUUUAUUCCUCUCUUCUCAAUUUUCACUCUCCUUUCUCUCUUAUUUUCUCACCCGCCUCUCCCGCCGGCCGCCUCUCCCGCCGGAUUAUCCCGCCUAAAUCUGCUUCUUCUUCUUCUUCUCCAUUCAUCGACACGACAUAUAUAUCUCCAAGCGACCCUUUUGGGAACUGAUUAUUGUGUUGACGGUAUUCCGCUCCACCGCCUUUUGAGAUUUUUUGGUUCGGUUUUUCCUAAGUUUUCAGCUGUUUUUUUAGUGGAUCUUGCAUAUUGUAAUGUGGUUCUCUCUUUCUUUUUUCCACUUCGGUUCUGCAAUGAUUCAAUCUUUAUAUAGUUUCAAUACUUUUCAGUUCUAAAAUUUGGAGUCUUUACUAUAUUUUGUUUCGGGGAUAAUGAAUAAUGAUGCAAUUUUUCUUAAUCCUAAAUGAGUAUCCUUGAACAUCAUUUAUUGAUUUUACGUUCUAUAUUUGAAAUUUUAUGGGGGGAGUGUUUUCAGCUUCUCUCAUUGAGGUGAGUUAUCACCCUUGAAUAAGAGAUAGCUAAACUUGUAAGCCAUUUAGGUAGACAGUAGACUAAAUAAAUAUCAGAGAAGUUUUUUUUUGCUUUUUUGCAAACUAAUAAAGCCAGUAGAGAUUAAUUUCUUGCCAUUUCUUACUUUUAGAUGUUUACAAGAUCAUAAAAGUAUAGGUAGCUCCAUUUUCCUUUCUCUGUUUACUUGCUAAGUACCUUAUUUUGGUGGACGAGGGUGCCAAUUAUACACCAACGUGGAUAAGGAUGUGAAUGGGUGUUUUAUAUUCAUCUAUUUCUGCAGCAUGGAUUGACAUUAUGGUUAACCUAGAGUAUAAGAGGUUUACCUCAUUAUAUUUGGUUGUUGCCAUUUAGACAAUCUAGUUCUUGAAAGGCGUAUAUCUUCCUCGAUUAGACAGUUAUGCUUGCUUACAAGGAGUUGUAGCAUGUGCACUCAUAUUUUUUUGCAAAUUUAUUUGGAUUUUUUCUCCCUGUAGAAUUGUAUCUGUGCAUUCAUGAAGAUAGCUGCUUGAAGAUUGCGGCUUGCAGAAAUCUUAGUGGUUCAAGUGGCUUAUGGUGGAUUUUUCUUGAAGUAUUUGGUUUUUAUUGGUUACCAGAUUGUUAAUUUUUGUAAAUUUGGCAUUCUUGAUGCGGUUUGAGUUUUAGCAUUUGUGGUAGUUUCUCGAUGAAACAUGGCGGUUUGAAGAGGGAAAAAUGUGGUCUUUUAAAAUGUGUGUUUGGUCUAAAUGAACGACACUAAUGGCUGAACAAGGCUUAUCCGUAGUGUCCAGUGCAAAUGCAAUUGUUGCUCUGCCCGGCCACUUGGCCGAAGAUGUUUAUAUUCCGGUUUCUAGUAUGAAUGCAACUGUAUCUUUGGCAAGUCAGACAUUGGCGGUUGGGCAGGAGUUCCCGGAUGUGGAUACCUGUAGGAGAACAUUGAAGGAUAUAGCCAUAGCAUUGCAUUUUGAGAUUCGGAUAGUGAAAUCUGAUAGGAGUAGGUUUAUAGCUAAGUGUUCCAAAGAUGGUUGUCCGUGGCGUGUCCAUGUUGCAAAGUUGCCAGGAGUUCCCACAUUUACCAUUAGAACGCUUCAUGCAGAGCACACAUGUGAAGGGGUCCAGAAUCUUCACCAUCAACAAGCAUCUGUGGGCUGGGUUGCACGAUCUAUGGAAGCACGUAUCAGGGAUAAUCCACAAUAUAAGCCAAAGGAGAUUUUGCAAGAUAUUCGAGAUCAACAUGGGGUUGCUGUCUCUUAUAUGCAGGCCUGGCGGGGGAAGGAACGUAGUAUGGCUGCACUGCAUGGGACUUAUGAAGAAGGUUUCAAGCUUCUUCCUGCAUAUUGUGAACAGAUAAGGAAAACUAAUCCUGGCAGCAUUGCUUCUGUUGUUGCCACUGGACAAGAAAAUUCAUUCCAACGGUUAUUUGUUUCUUAUCGUGCUGCAAUUUAUGGAUUCAUUAAUGCAUGCCGUCCACUAGUAGAACUGGACAGAGUCCAUCUCAAAGGGAAGUACUUAGGAACAUUGUUCUGUGCUGCUGCCAUUGAUGCCGAUGAUCAACUGUUUCCAUUGGCAAUUGCUGUUGUUGAUGUGGAAAGUGAUGAGAACUGGAUGUGGUUCAUGUCAGAGCUGCGUAAGCUUCUAGGAGUGAACACUGAUAGUAUGCCCAGGCUCACAAUACUUUCUGAGAGAACAAUAGGUAUGGUGGAAGCUGUUGAGACGCAUUUUCCAAACGCAUUUCACGGUUUUUGCCUGCGAUUUAUCAGUGAGAACUUCCGUGAUACAUUCAAGAACUCAAAGUUGGUGAACAUAUUCUGGAAUGCUGUUUAUGCACUUACAACAGCUGAAUUCGAAAAUAAAAUAUCUGAGAUGGUGCAAAUUUCGCAGGAUGUCUUGCCUUGGCUACACCAUUUCAACCCUCAGCUAUGGGCCGUGGCAUACUUUGAAGGUGUACGCUAUGGCCAUUUCACCUUGACUGUCACAGAAUUGCUGUACAAUUGGGCAUUAGAAUGUCACGAGCUCCCUAUUGUACAGAUGAUGGAGCAUAUUCGGCAUCAGUUAGCAUCAUGGUUCGAUGAACGUCUAAACAUAGGAAUGCGACUGACCUCAAUUCUUGUACCCUCUGCUGAAAAGCGGAUUUCAGAAGCUAUUUCGGAUGCUCGGUGUUACAAAGUGCUUCGUGCAAAUGAGGUUGAGUUUGAGAUUGUUUCAACUGAACGGACAAACAUUGUGGACAUAAGAAAUCGAGUUUGCUCAUGUCGCCGCUGGCAGCUCUAUGGUCUGCCAUGUGCACAUGCAGCUGCAGCUCUUAUCUCCUGUGGACAAAAUUCUCACUUGUUUGCUGAGCCUUGCUUCACAGUCCACAGCUAUCGUGAAACCUACUCACAGAUGAUACAUCCGAUCCCUGACAAAACCCUGUGGAAGGAGCUGGGCGAGGGCACUGAUGGUGGAGGAGCUAAAGUUGAUAUCACCAUUCGCCCGCCAAAAACACGUAGGCCUCCUGGAAGACCGAAAAAGAAAGUUCUGCGCUUAGAGAGUUUGAAACGCCCGAAAAGAGUCGUUCAAUGUGGCCGAUGCCAUAUGCUCGGGCACUCUCAGAAGAAAUGCACACAGCCGAUGUGAUGCAUUCUCAGUAAUUCUUUCCUGUCUAUUUUUUUGUUAUAUGCAUGAUGUACUUAUUUUGCAAAUCAGUUAGAAUUUAGGCUAUGGUGGCAUUCUAUCACUUGUCACUCUUGUUAAGAUAUUGUACUUAUAUAGCUGUAGAAUUUAGUUGCCAAAGUAAGGCCUCUCUAAUUUCACUUGUUUCUACAAUGUUAUGAAAUAGGCCUACAUGAAAUUUCAGUUGAGAAAUGGAUGUCCUUUAAGGGUCGUUGGUCGGUUUAA